GAAAGAAGCCAAAGCAGAAUAAAAGCCAUAUUUGCUGGUUGAAUGGAAAAAAUGAAUAUUUCUUACAAAUGAUAAGGGAAUGACAAUAAUUAAUGUAAUUAACAAACAUUACAAUUUUUCCAUUUGAAUACCUAUUUGAAGUAAAGACUAAGCCAAGGAUUCUGUUAAAAAAAUCAAAUAGGCUAUACAAAGUCCAAUUAAUUGCAAUAUUAUGGCAAUAUCCAAAAUAUGUGCCCAAAGUGAUCCUAAAGUCUAUUUUAUAAUAUCUGCAUAGAGUAUAUUAUCGGUAUUCAGAUCAUCUGCAAUUUCAAUCAUAAAUUGACUAGAUCUACCAUAAAUUAUAGAAAGAAAAAUUUACUGUAAACAACUAAAGGCAAUAGGAAUGAAUAAUGCAAUAGACCAGAGAAAGCCAACUUAAUAAGUGACAAAAGGAAGAACGAUGACACCUUAGAAUAUCAAAUAAAAUAGAAUACCUAUUCCUAAAUUUGAUUUAAUAAAAUUGAAAUAAGCCUGAC